UUUUCCAUGCAUCACUAUCACGAAAUUCAAUUUGUCAAAAUAAAUCAGAAAUUCGAAGAAAUUUCACAUACCCAUCCUCAGCACGGUGGCACCACCGUUAUAUCGUGUCAUCCAUUUCUGAACAUUCUCCCACUCCCACCGCAACCAAGGAACCGUUGAAUCGGAACCAAAAGAACGAUACUCGAUGUCGAAAUCGGAGGGAAUAGGAUUAGGAUCAGUAACCUCAACAUCCCUAUCAUCAAAAGUUCACCCUUCCAACGAUCCUCCUGAACUCGAUCCCGAUUCCUACGCUCUCGAGAAGUUCAAACUCUACGAAACCAGAGCGAGGUUUUACCUAAUUGGAAGUGAUCGGAACAAGAGAUUCUUUCGCGUGUUGAAAAUUGAUCGAUCCGAACAGUCUGAUCUUAGUAUUAGUCAGGAUCCUGUAUUGUAUUCGCCUCAGGAGAUUAAGAGCUUGCUUCAGAGGAUUGCUGAAGGGAAUAGAGCUACCGGAGGACUCACUUUCGUCGCUAAAGUUUAUGGAAUUGCAGGCUGCAUCAAGUUUCUUGAGUCUUACUAUUUGAUUCUCGUUACUAAGCGCAAACAAAUUGGUUCUAUAUGUGGGCAUGCAAUUUAUAGUAUCAAGGAGAGCCAAUUGAUAACAAUUCCACAUGUUUCAAUUCAAUCUGAUUUAGCUCACUCUAAAACUGAGCUAAGAUACAAAAAGCUUUUGUCUAGUGUGGAUUUGACCAAGGAUUUUUUCUUUAGUUAUACUUAUCCUAUAAUGCAAAGUUUGCAAAAGAAUGUAUCGUCUGAUCAAGGAGGAGGGAUGCCGUACGAUAAUAUAUUUGUCUGGAAUGCUUAUUUGACACAAUCCGUCAGAUCGAGAUGCAAUAACACUAUAUGGACUAUAGCUUUGGUUCAUGGCCAUUUUAGGCAGAGUCGUCUAUCAAUCUUUGGGAAGGACUUCAGUGUUUCCUUGAUUUCUCGACGUUCUAGACAUUUUGCAGGGACACGGGAAGGAUUGAAGGAGGAGGAGCAACACACCAGUUACCUGAAAAGAGGAGUGAAUGAUCGGGGAAGGGUUGCUAAUGAUGUUGAGACAGAGCAGAUUGUCCUUGAUGAAGAAGCUGGCUCCUGCAAGGGCAAAAUGAGUUCAGUUGUGCAGAUGCGUGGAUCAAUACCGCUUUUCUGGUCCCAAGAAGCAUCAAGAUUUAGCCCUAAGCCUGACAUAAUCUUGCAGAGGUAUGAUCCAACAUACGAGGCAACAAAAUUACAUUUUGAAGACCUCGAGAAGAGAUAUGGCAAUCCAAUUAUUGUCCUUAAUUUGAUUAAGACAGUUGAGAAAAGGCCUCGAGAAAUGAUGCUGAGGCGUGAAUUUGCAAAUGCUGUUGGGUAUCUGAACCAAGUUUUUCCAGUAGAUAACCAUCUUAGAUUUAUUCACUGGGACUUUCACAAGUUUGCAAAAACCAAAUCUGCCAACGUUCUGGCAGUUUUAGGAGCUGUAGCUAGUGAAGCACUUGAUUUAACAAGUUUUUACUAUAGUGGCAAACCCAACAUCAUAAAGAGGACAAACAAGAGUAAUCGAACAAGCAUCGGAAGGGAUGCUUCACUGAGAGAUUUGACAUCUAGUUCUGGGGAUCUUGCAAGGAUUGGAAGUAGUGGUGAAAUGCUAAAUUUUUUGGCUAAUCGAGAUAGAGAAACUGACAUGAAUCAUCAGAACAAAAAUGAUUAUUUCAAUAGCGAUACACCACAUUUUCAGAGUGGAGUUCUCCGUACCAACUGCAUUGACUGCUUGGACCGUACAAAUGUCGCCCAAUAUGCUUAUGGCCUUCAAGCUUUAGGACGCCAGCUCCAUGCAAUGGGUUUGACUGAUGUGCCAAAAGUGGAUCCUGACAGCAGUAUUGCAGCAGCUCUAAUGGAUAUGUAUCAAAGUAUGGGAGAUGCUCUUGCGCAGCAGUAUGGUGGUUCUGCAGCUCACAAUACUGUGUUUCCAGAAAGGCAGGGAAAGUGGAAAGCAACAACACAGUCAAGAGAGUUUUUAAAAUCCAUAAAACGAUAUUAUAGCAAUGCUUACACGGAUGGUGAAAAACAAGAUGCAAUAAACUUAUUUUUAGGUUACUUCCGACCAAAGGAAGGAAAACCUGCGCUUUGGGAGCUUGAUUCAGAUUAUUAUCUCCACGUAUCCGGAAUGGGAGAUGAUCUUAUUCCUGAGAAGUUUUCUCAACCAAAUCUUAAGCCCUCUGGGAGAGUUGUAACCAUCUUCACCCCCAUACCAGCCUGCAGAGAUGAUUUCUCACGCAUAAAGCUGACAUCAUUUGAAAAGUUAAUUGAAAAGACCUGUAGUACAAUUAAAAAUGUAAGACUUUCCUGUGAACCUGAUCAGAAGCCAGGCGGAGUUUCUGGAAACAGUGGUGUAGCACCUGAUGCAGCUGAGAUACAGCUUAAAAGCCCAAAUUGGCUUUUUGGCCAGAGAAAGUACGAAGAAGGUUCCUCUGCUGCAAAAGUUGUUUCUGCUGAAACUAACGUUGACGGAUGUCAUGCUAAUGACUUUUGCAACUUGAAUUGGCUUUCGUCUGGGGAUGAUAUGAACGAAGAUGAUGUUUUUCAAAGGUACUUUACAAUGACCUCAGCAAAUGAGGCCAAUGGUUGGUAUGGAGGUACCCUCCUUGGUGAUCAAGAUGAAGACAGCGAGAUGUUUAAACAUUAUGCUGAGUUAUGUCAGGGACCUGCCUUUGAACUUUUCCAAAAUGAUGACGAGAAAGAGCAACACUAUGCUGAUGCUCUAAGCAUGAGUUCAUUUGAAAUUCUUAAUGAGGCUGGUGUUGCAGCAGAGAUGGAAGGAGCUCUAAAGGAGUAUGACCAAGUUGGUGCUGACCUUGGGAUCAUUCCCUCAUCUUGUAAAUUCCUUGCUGAUGAUCCAAGCUGGUUGACGAGGUGGUUAGUUGGGGAAGAAAAAGUACCAGGAUAGGAUGAGUUUUUGGAGUUUAUUGGUUGUGUACUAUUUCAACUAUUGUUUAGUCUCUUGUUAAUAUUGAUCGAUUCUCAAUUUUUAAACUAUCACAAUAAGGUACCAAAUAAGGGUAUCUUAGUUAAUGCUUUUGGUGCUUAACAAUGUGAGUAUUGGUUAGAGGUGCAAACAGAUGGUAUAGCAGUGAUUCCUGCCAAAGUUGAAGCAGUGUUGCAGUGGGAGAGAUCCAAGACUGUGCGUGGGGUGAGGUUUGUUUGGGCUUAGUGGUUACUCUAGGCAUUUCAUUGAGCAUUUCUCGAUGUUCUAUUAACUAACAGUGCAAUUUUAAAAGGACAAAUUUAUUUGUAUAUAGUCAUUGGAUCAUGAGAUGUUUAGUUUCAGAAAGUAAAGUUAGCAGAAUCCAUGCUAAGUGAGUUGAAUAAAUUUUCAAGGGAAAGUUUGUUCAAGUUCUUUCUCUUGAAUUGAAUAGCAGUGACCUUAGGUCUCCACUGCUUUAUCAAAUUUCUUGACAUGGCUAGCUUUUUGGAAUUUAAAGCCAUUCAUAUAGUUUAGAACAUGUAGGAAUUGUGUUUAAUGUUUUCUUCUUUCAUUGUGAAUAUCUUGUAUUCCUUUACCAAUACAUUUGCCUUAAUUUCUCUGACCAGGGCUAAGUCCUUACAUGUCAAAGAAAAUGAAUGCCAAAUUUCUUAUGUUGAGUCAUUCUGGCUACCCUUAUCAUAUUCAGAUUUCGUAA